AUGAGGCUGGACAUAUCGUGGAAGCUCGAGCGCGACGAACCGUAUCUAGGCGUCUGGUCUAGCAACGCAGACUCUAUGAGGACCGAUCAAGACAUCAACAAUGGAGAUCAAACCGUAUUCACGGACUGGGCUACAAUCCAACGAGCCAUUGAGAAUUAUAGAGACUUCAUAAGCCGAAUUGUCAAUGCGAGUGAAGCGCCAUUCACUACCAUUUAUCCAGACAUGGACAACAUGUUCAUAGGCAAUGAAGAGGCGGUCACAGGUGUGUCGGACAUGAUGCGAGAGACCAUUGCAACACAUUGGAUCGGAGCUGCUGCAAAUCUUAUCACGGGAUCAGACAUGACGAAGAUCGAUCUAUUGGGAACCCGCCUCCUCACUCAAAAAGACGCCUUGGACGCGGCUCGAUUUUCAGCCCAGUUUCCCAUGCAGCCCCGGAAUCCGACGACAGGCCGGAACCUUUCGAAACAACUCCAAGCUUGGAUUGCUGGCCCCGAUGAAUUAGGCAACAGUCUGGUGGUUCUCGCAAACUACGGGCCUGAUCGGGGCCAGGGUGGAUUCAACACAGCAUUGGAAGGAAAACAACUCGUCCACGUGACGUGGUACGAUCUUGGGAUACAAGGCGCAUUCAAGAUCCGGAAUGUAUGGACUGGGCUCAUUUUCGGGGUCUCUGACAGCGAAGUUGGCGCCACACUAGACGCCGGGGAAAGCCUCCUACUGAGGCUGGAACCGAUGCAUACCUGA